CUGAAAACCGUAUAUAUAACAAUUCCUCUUCCUCCUUAUUUCGUGGCAGGCUAUUUCCGUUUCCCCUUCUUCGCUCACUAGAUCUCACACUCUCUCAUGGCGACCUGUUUUGCUCCCGUUUCCAUUUCAGGCGGAUCGCAACUCAAUGCGCGUGAGCUUUGGUCCACAAAAUCCAGUUCAUUUGGGAAAACCCCCAAACUGAUAUUACAAAAGAAAUCAAACCGAGUGGGGAGCAAUCGCAAGCUAUCUGUUCGUGCCGAAUACCAAGAUGGUAGCAGAGGGGGUGGUGGUGAUUUUCUUGCUGGUUUUCUUCUAGGUGGUGCUGUGUUUGGAACUUUAGCUUAUGUUUUUGCUCCUCAGAUCAGAAGAUCUCUGCUAAAUGAAGAUGAAUAUGGGUUCCGGAGGGCCAAGAGACCAAUAUAUUAUGAUGAAGGUUUAGAGAGGACUCGACAGACCUUGAAUGCAAAAAUAAGCCAACUCAAUUCAGCCAUUGACAAUGUAUCUUCACGUUUAAGGGGUAACAACAAUGUUCCUGUGGUUCCAGUUGAAAGUGAUCCUGAAGUGGAAGCUACCAUGUGAGAUUUUUUUCCAAUUGGUUAAUUAUGAUCUUUGGGUGUCAAAGGUACUUGGAUUAUUGGUUUUAAAUCAUUAAAGAUCACAUAUAUGUUUGAAGUUAGAUAUGUAAUUAUGUGGUCUUGCCAUUGUUUUGAAUGGAGGUCGUUUGAAGACUUUAAAUACCUAAAUGUCAGUUUUGACAGUAAAGCAUAACUGUUUUGGAUUAUAAUUUAGAGAUUGCGAUGGAAUUACUAA